AUGGAGCCUUUUCCAGUUUACGUUCUUCAUAGUGGUGAAUGGGAAGAAAAUAAGUUUACCAAUUUCGUCAGCGAUUGUGUAAUAAUCGAGUCGACAUUCAGCUACAACAAUUUAGUUGCAACUAUUUCGGAACCAAUUAGAAUCGAUUGUGAGUUAAACAUAUUGGAGAUUAAUUUUGUCCCAAAGGAUGGUUUGCCAUCGAUCCUGAUUUACAACGAUACGGGUGUUAAGGUGUAUAUCGAAUUAAAGAAGAAAAACUUUAAUUUAACUGAAUACCCGUUGUAUGUGACGGUGAAAGAGAUUUAUGAUAAUCGUUUGGUUGGUACAAGUUCUAGUUGUUUGGUUGGUACAAGUUCCAGUUGUUUGGUUGCUACAAGUUCCAAUUGUAUAGAUGUAUCCACAAUUGAUAGCACUGAGAUUAUGCCUGAUAUCGAAUUUACUGAAAACACGAAAUUUAGUGAAAAUACGGGUAUAAUAGAUGAUAUGUUGAACGAAUUUGUUGAGGAGGAUCAAGUUUAUAAGGAUAAAGAGACAGUUGUCAGUGUGAUGAAGAACUUGGCUGUACGCGAGAGGUUCCAAUUCAAGCUGAAGAGAUCAAGCGCAACAAGGUAUCACCUUAUGUGUGUGGAUGACAAUUGUGCUUGGAGUUUCAAAUCUUCUGCCGUUUACAAGGCAAACAUAUUCAAGGUGAGAAGUUACAAUAAUAAUCACACAUGGGGCUAUGGUGAAAGAUACUUAACACAACGUCAAGCUACUUCGGGUGUAUUUGGUAGUAUAGUCAAGGACAAGUAUGUUAAUCCAAAAAAAGUUUACACCGCAAAUGAUAUAAUAGAGGACAUACAAAAGAAAUACGGGGUUGAAGUGAGCUACAUGAAAGCAUGGAGAGCUAAAGAGAUAGCAAUGGCAAUGAUAAGAGGGAAUUCGAACGAUUCAUAUAAGGAGUUGCCGGGGUAUUUGUAUAUGUUGGAGCAUACAAAUCCAAGAACGGUUACAAAGUUGCACAAAUCAGAAGAUGGAUGCUUUCUUUAUGCAUAUGUUUCGCUAUAUGCAUCUAUCAAGGGUUGGGAGCAUUGCAGACCGAUAAUGGUUGUUGACGGAAGUUUCCUUAAAGCAGCAUAUAAGGGUACCAUACUGACUGCUUGCACACAGGAUGGAACUGGAAAAAUCCUUCCACUUGUAUAUGCAAUUGUAGAUUCAGAGAAUAACAAAUCUUGGGAGUGGUUCUUCGUCCAUAUAAAGGGUACUUUUGGUGUUAGGGAAGGGAUGUGCAUAGUUUCAAAUAGAAACGAAAGCAUCUUCAAUGCCACAAAAGCUGUGUACCCAGAAGUACCACAUUGUAUUUGCAUAUUUUACUUGUGGCAGAAUGUCAAGCGCACAUUCAAGAAACAUCACAAACAAUUGAAGGAUAUCUUCUUUGCUUUGGCUAGAGCUUACACGAUAGAGAAGUUUGACUACCAUAUGACAGAGAUGUGCAAAAUUGAUCCGAGGGUGCAGCCUUACUUGUUCGAAAUUGGCUACAAAAGGUGGUCUAGGGCAUACUCCAAAGUGAAAAGGUCGAUGGUAAUGACUUCCAAUAUUGCAGAGUCAACUAAUGCAGCAAACAAAGAUGCUAGAGAGUUACCAGUAAUGCGAUUGCUAGAGUACAUCACAAAUUUGCUACAAUAG